GAAGCACAUACAGAGAGCAAGUUAAGACAAUUGAAGCCUGAAAGCAAAAGCAGGGAGCAACUAACAAACCUGUAUGGCCUGUGCAUGUGCACACACUCACAGACACACACUCUCUAAGCGGAGAGUUCCUGAGCUUUUCUUGGUACAGGAAAAUGACUCUUAAAGGGACAGUGCUGCCUAUGCCUCUGCCUCUGCACAGCUCGUCUCUUGUUGAUUCAGGCUGAAGAGGGAAAGGGCAGAGGAGAAAAACAAGCUGCUUUAUGAUUUUAAAUGAGGGAAGAUGAGAGUGUUUGCCAGACAGGAGAUGAGGUUUGACGGUCGGUAUUGAAAUUCCCUGUGGUAUUCAAUUAUGAGAAGUUUUUCUUUCUCAAUGAGGAAGAAGUGGUCAGGAUUUUUCUUGUCUGCCACAUUUUAUAGUCUGUAAAAAAAAAAAAAAAAGAAAAGCAGGACGGUGGUUUUUGAUCUCAUGAUGUAGGUCAGCUCUAUAGGAAUGUGUCUGUAGAGUUUAAUCAGUUUGAUAUAUUUGUGUCUGGCAGCUAAAUGAUGAGUUUGCAUGAAAACAUUGAAGCAGUAAAUUUGCAGAUCUUUAGUUAGUCUGCAACUGUAAAAAGAAGCAAAACAUUCACAGGUCUGAUUUGUUGAAAUGGAAACUUCUCUCCCCACCAGUGUGAGAAUGUGUGAAAUUUGUCUGAAGAUAUUUGGCUUUGAGGCUGCGUGUGACAUGCUGAGAGAUGGCUUCAGAUGAACCGAACAGAGACCCACUUGCAGAAAUAGGCAUUCAGAUCAAGGCGGACUUGAUCUCUUGCGCAUGAAACACACACAACUCAUGCCUGUUUCUUCACUGCAUCUUCUUGCUUCUCUGUAGUUACUGUCCCUGUUCUACCCAUGUGAUUUACUAAAUGCUUGAUACACUAAACCAUAUGGACAGAACAAGCAAGGCUUUGUGGAAGUCUUGGGCAAGGAGGCAGUUAUGCGCGCCCACACUCACACACAAGCACACACACCAAUAAAACUGAAGAAGCGGAAGAAAGCAGGGGCAACUUAGAGGGGGAGAUGUUUUUCUCGACAUAUUGCGGCCGUGUGACGAUCCUGGUGGCAUCUGUCACGCUGGCUGUGUAGUCAUUGUGAAACACAGCAUGUAUGUGAGAGAUAGAAAGGUGCAGUGAGUCAUUUUUUUAUGACGAAGUUUGAGUCAACAUGAAAGAAAAAGCGCUUUUUAAAAAAAUGUCUCUUAAAACAAAAAGGAGACAAUUUGAAGACAGUGGAGAGGUGUGUUAAAGAGAGAGGGGGAAACAAAUGGGGUAAAGAGUGAGAUAAAAGAGCUAGAGAUGUUUCGGCAGAGAGAGACAGAGUUGGAAAGAUUAAGGGGGAGUUGUUAAUGAGCUGAUCAUGAGCAGCUGAAGGUGCCAGUGCCGCUCUACAGCAAAAGUCAUCCUCAUGUGGUCUGAAACAAAACAGGGGCUGGGUCUGCCCUGCAUUCUGAGCACAGCUAAUUGGCUGCAGACAGGAGGUCUGCUGCAGUCACCAAUCAGGUGGUUUCCCUUUCUUCUGUGUACUGUGUAACCCCUCCCACCAUGUGAAGGUUUAAAACCAGGGGGAAGGCUGUGUGCUUAUUCUAGAGAGUUUCAUUCUUCUUGAUUGAACCUGCCUCAUGAGCUCUGAACAUCUACCUUGACUCCUCUCCUCUCCAGAGCACUUUGAUAAAAAACAGUUUUGAAAUAGACUUUUUUUUGCCUUUUUACCAGUUCCCUCUUAAAUGAGUUUAAGAGACUGAGUAGAGCACCCGUUGUUACUUUGUGUUGCCCUCCAUCUGUUGUCACUCCCCAACACUGUGGAUGACUGUCGCAUGAACCUGGACUGAAUUUAUCACCUGGCCUUGCUCUCUGUCCUGUGAGAAUAGCCUCUGUUCCCUCUUCACAUCAUCACUAAGAACUGACACGUACUGUUAACCCUAGGUAUGUAUCCAACCACCGUCUGUGCUCACUUUACAUCUCCUGUGUGAGAUAUGUCUUUGGUUUUGUUGUUUACUUCAUGUACUCUUUGAUUUUAUAUAGAUGUUCUCAGCUACAUUUUUACAGUACAGCAGCAGCACAAGUGUGUGUGUGUAUGUGUGUGUGCUUGUGUGCGUUUUCCAAGUUUGUGCAGGCAAAUUGAGAGUGCAUACCUAUCCUAGAAAUAGAUCUGAUGGGCAUUGCUGUGAAAGCCAAAGCAGGUUUUGCUCUGUGACAACAGCUGCUAUCUUUGUUUUCUGUAUUCCCUCUAUCAAUGGUUUUGAUAAGCUGUAAUUUUCCACUGCACUUGGUCUGAGAAUAGAGAAGUAGCGCAGACUGGGAUCAUGCUCAGACUGUGUGGUACAUAAUACACUAAGUGGUAUCAGAUUGUCUUGGACUAAUGAAAAUGCUAUGAAUUAAAUUUUAAUGAUGAUAUCCUCGUAUGACGUAGUAUUAUGUACUGUGUUUAAAAUGUUUUAAAUGAAAAUCCAUUUUAUUGGCUUGUAUGGAGACUUUUGUAUAAGUGAAGCAUAUUUUUGAGUGACUGUAUAGGAUGCUGAGAGUGACUGUCAUUUAUUUUGAAUAAUAACCAAAAAGAUUUUUGUAAGUACACCACUAUAGAUGCAAAGUUUUUGUUUGUUUGUGUUUUUUUUUUUACAUAUUUAUUUAAAAUGUCCUGGUUUUUCAGUGAUGUUUUUUUUUUCAUGGCGUAUUUCCUGGCAGUCCUCACCUACAGUACUUUUUUUUAGUUUUUUGUUAAUCUGACUUCCUUACCUUUUCUCAUUUACUCCAGUCCCAGUCAUGCCCCUUGAGAGCUGAUUCACUCAAUUGAUGAAUAGUUCAGUGCCUUCCAAAAGCCAUAAAGCAGCAGAGAUUAAUGUGACUUUUACAAUGACCACUUCCUCUUUACAGUUGUUGUCUCUGCAGUUGAUUUCCCGGAAAAGUUCAAAAUCAAGGCUGCAUCCGUUCAGGAAACUAAUCUUAGAAGUCCUGUUGGCCGUAUUAACGAAAUUAUCCAUAUUAAGACUGAAGAGAAGGGAAAGGGGAGAGAGAGAGAGAGACAGAGAGGGAGAGAGUGAGAGAGUGAGAGAGAUGUAAACAGUUUUUUUUACCCCCUUUUUUUUCCAUGUUGGUCUUCUCCCUGGCUGCCCCUCUCUCUCUCUCGCUCUCUCUCUCUCUCUAUAUAUCUCUCUUCUCUCUGUGAAAGACAAUACGUUUGUAUCUGGAGCAUGACAAGAUCACAUUUCCCUGGCACUUACCAUCAACCUGAACUCUUAAAGCUUUAUAGCACAGAGUAAAACUGCAUGUGCACAAACCGGUAGAAUUGUAAGGAAAGUUAGAAGUUGCACUUAGUUCAAUACCAGCUAGAUAGUUAUAGAGGACGACGAUGUCAGAGAAGAUUCAAAAUCGCGAAGAUUGCUGGGGGUGGAGAUGGAGAAGAGGCAAGCAACAAACACAUGGUUCGCAGUAGAGCCUGUCUGAACGGAAAAGUACUGAGAGGCAGGGAGAUGAGGAGGUGUGUGUGUGGGUGGGAGGGAAGGUAUUCAUAGAAAUAGAGUUGUAGCUGCUCCAGUGCCAAAACACACUUGUGCACCUGUAUGAAAGAGAAUAUCACAUAGAGUAUUUAUACAGAGAAAGUACUCAUGUCUGGAGAUAGUUUUAAAUACAGAGACAAUCUUUCCUCUGCCUGCGUUCUGACAUCCAAACAGUACAAGGUCAUAUAUAGCCUCCAGCACAAAGGCUUUAAAUGGCAUUAGGCGGAGUCACACCUGCACAUAUAGCUACUGUCAACAUAUGAUCAUUUUGUAGGUGGAAAGUCUGUUAACAUACACGUCCUUGCACGUCGCCCUUCGUGACAUAAGACGUUUGACAGUCAUGUCAGGUUCACAUAUUGAAUGUUUUGUUAAUUAGAGCCAAAUACUAAAAUGGUUCUGUCAGCAUUUUUUUUUUUUAAGUGUAAUUUCUGUAGUUUUAGUUGUUUUUUUCUAUGUUCUUAAUUGAAUGGGGAACCAUGAUGAGCGUGUGGAUCAUCAACAAGAAAAAAGAGAAGUUAAAAUGCAGUAUUUGAUUCAUACCUGCACAUGAGAAACAACUACAGUACAGUAAUAAAAGGGAAAGCAGUAAAUACAUCAAAGUCUAGUUUAUUGAUGCAAUAAUUCUAAUUCAGUUCCUUUUUAUUUUAUUUGUUUUGGAUUUUUUUAGUUGCUCGAUUUUCAACUUGUAUGAAUGAAAGUUGAAAACGUAGGGGACUUCUGGUGACUCAUAUUAUGAAGUGAAAAUGAUUUUUUUUUCUUGUAUGUGGUCUGCGUGUUGCAGGGUUUUUCAAAAGGAAAUGUUCCUGGUUUGAACCACAACAGAGCAAGAAAACCAAAAAAUAUAUCGUUUCAAAACUAUGCUCACCUGACAUACGAAGCACAUUUCUUGUCAAACCGAUUCAUCACCUUUAAAGUCUAAUUAUGAAACUGAUUGUACCCGAUGAUGGCGCAACUCCCUGUGUCUGCUAAUGUACUUGCAUUGUAUUCAUUCUUAAGCCAUGUGGGAAGUGUUACGUAAGGUUGUCAGGUGAUGAGUCAGUAAAUUGAGUAAGUGACAUGGACAGGAAAUUACUUGACAAUGACACAUGAAUAGAGCAUUUAUGAGUAACGUUAAGUAGUGGGGUAUUUCAGUAGUAGGCCUAUGGCUUUUUUUAAAUAGUAAAGAGUAGGUUUUAAAGUUGACAUUAAGUAAUUACAUUUGACUUGUUAACUGUCUUAUCAGUUUGAUUUACACAAACUGGUUUCGCUUGGAGCCAGGCUGGAGGCAGUUAGCCGCCCCCAAGAGAGAAGAAAAUGUAACUCCAAAGUAUUAUUUACAUUCUUAGCUGGCUUGCUAACGUCAACCGCUGAUAAGGCUACACUCAAGAAUCAGCUGAUAUAGGUCAGAGUUUGGGGGCUGUUGGAACAAGGAAACUUCACCUUGAAGAUUGAUUUUCAUGUAGUCAUUGGGGCUAAUAUUAAAUUAGCUCUUGGUGGUCAGUAAAUAUGUCUGGAUUUAAUCCAGAAUAUCUCCUCUCACUUGUUAAACAGAGAAGAUGUAAUGUGGGUGUGGAAGCUUUCAAAUUAUUUAAAGGCCCCUUUUCUGCACAAGGCCACGUCUGAGUUAUGAAAGUAAAGUAGCAGUAGUAGUAAUGUUUCUUUUCUGCUGAGUAAUGAGUCAUGUAAUGGUAUUGCUUAAUGAGUGAUGUGUAAUGUCUGGUUACACAUUUCAAGUAACUUUCCCAACACUGUUUAUGAAGUGCAAGUUUUGAAAGAGGUUAUUUUAGUUUAACUUGUGGGCUUGAUAAAGCAGGGAAAUGAUUGGUUUCUUUAAAACCUUGUUGCUGUGUGUGCUGGCACUCCAACAGAGAUAAACAUGUAUUUAGCUAACUGAUAAUGUCGGAACAGGAUGUGUGAGACCAAUUUGGAAGCAGCAGAGUAAAGUUUGAGUUUUUUUUUCUCUACCACACACACACAGGAACAAGAGGAAAUGUUUGUAUUUGACUUUAAUAGUGGAAAAAGACAAGUUUCGGAUUAUUCAUACAUAUUCAUACCAGACCAUGUUGGGUCAUACAUUGGGUGUAAAUGUGGUUGCGUGCAUGCACCAUUGACAUUCCCAUUCCCAUCUUACUUCUGUGUCAAACUGAAUUCACCUCAGGUGUGAGUUUAGCUUUGAGUUAUAUUCAUAGCAACAAGUGUCAGUGGAUCCCACAGAUAGCAUCUGAUUGGCUCAUUGAUUAUGGUGAUAUUAUUUGGCUACAGCUCAAAAUCAGAGCAAUGCUGAGCCCUGAAAUGUAUCUUCUGACUCCAAAGUUUACUCUCAGGCAAGAGGGAAGUCAUCUUAAUGUCUUUUAAAAUAUACUUUAGUAUUGCAUGAACUAUAGAACAGUAGUUGUUUUUUUGCAGUAGGAGUUGCAAAAUUUUGCUCCACCACAUUUAAAUGUACUUUUAGCUUGAAAUCUCAAUAUUAUGAUUAAAAUGCGACAAAAACAAAAUUAUUUUGGCUAAUUAGACUUCUUCUCAGACUGUGCUUGAUUGACAUCUCUCUCUUUUUUGCACCUAUGAAGGUGGAACAAUUACACCAUUAUCAUCCUUAAUAGUACAUGGAGUCUGGUGAUUUCAGGUUAUUCAAGCAUAACUCCUCCUGCAUCAACCUGAGCAGAGGUCUCCUCAGCCACAAUAAGUAAAAACAUGGGUGUGAUUGUGCACGGCCUUUAAGGUCAGAGGGCACAGUUUUUACAGAAUCCUUACUUUACUCUGAACAUCAAUGCUUUACACUGUUAGUAGUGCUUCAGAAGGAAAACCCAUCAGGUUUUAUUGACUCUCUGUAUACUGUAGCACUUUUGCAGUGAGAGGUGUGUCGCCUUACUGGGAGUUGCCUAGACAGAGCACAUACUUAAAGUUCAAUAUUAACUUGUUUAAACAUUUUUCUUGAUUUGGCUGACUGCAAAUAUGGGACAAAUUGAACUUUAUUGAAUUCAGACCUUCAGUAACUGCAAAAAAGCAUAAGGAACAUAUAGUGUUCCUUGUGGACAUAUAACAGGGCUUUUUUCCCCCCCACUCCAAAAUAGGUCAAUACGUGCAUAUCCCUACUGAGAGACUCCGGGCCUCUCUCCACUCUGUGAAAUAUCUUGCAUACUGUUAAGAACAGUGGGGGCUCACUAAAGUAGUCUGUAGUGUGAAACUGCUGUCUAGCUGAAAAGAUUUAAACAUAUAAUGAAGCAUUUUAAGGAGACUGAAAUUCAGUAAUAUUAUAAAGCAUAAAUGCAUGUACCAGAUGGGUCACUCAAAAACAAACCCCAGAGAGAAUUAUCACAACUCAGUAGUGCUACAGAGAACCUUAGCCUCUUUUAGCUCAUUGUUUUGGUUUUAUGGUCUCAUUGCUUAUCAAUCUUAUUUCUGGCAGUAAAGAAAGCUCAGAAAUCGCUACGUACACUACCUGCCCAGCUACAAACAACAUUAGCAUUGAGCAGGUGAAGAACGGCGCAAACUAAAGUUUAGCUAGCAAACUAAAAUUAUUUUUGUCAAGACGUUUAAGUGGAGAGUAGAGUCAAUACUGGACUUUUGCAGGCGUUUUGUACACAACGCAACAUACCUGCUGAAUGUGUAAAUAAAAUAUUUGUUAGCACGAUAGCCAAAACUAUUUUAUGAGGUGAUAAUAUGUGACUGGCUAGUCCUCAUUGCUUCUGUUGGUUGGGUUGGUCAGGUUUAGGCAUGAGAAGUUAGAUUGGUUAGCAUAACAUGUUGAUUUGUCUCUGUUAGCAUUAGCUGAAGUUAUAACGUUAGCCAAAACAACUUUAUUCAGCCAUAAUAUGUCAGGGAUUUUAGUUCAUCUUCCCCCAAGUGACAAAAAAAUAAAUUAAUGCAACUUUAAGAAAACAAUGACAUGAAAGUAAUGGGUGAGCUGUGUUGGAAAUGUCUCAUAAUCCACAGAAGUGGGACACGGUGUCCUCUACAUUUCCCUGUCGAAUGUUCUUUUGUUUUACAAGCAGAUGAGAAAAAAAAAAUCAGCAGACCACAGGGAAUUCGGUCACCCCUGUGGUUGCAUAAGGCCCCAUAAACAUUUUACGAGUCCCUGGAAUAAUGCCAAACAUUAAUUGUUCUCUCAGAGGUUAAUGCUAGUAAUUUCAGUGGUGGUUAGCCACCAAAAAUGAACUGUACGAGUAUUACUGAAUGUUCCCACCUCAUUUGGCAGGGGAAAUCAGUAGAGUAAGCACUGGUGUGGUAUCAGAUUUUGUUUGUUUGUAAUGUGAAAGGUUUGUACUGCCAGUCCCACUGAAACUCAAUUUUUAUAUUUUUCGACACUGCUGUAAAUAGAUUUGGAGCCAACAAGUUCACAUCUGUCACAUUAACUUAAUAACGCAGCCUAUUUGAUGUGCUUAUGCAUGUUUUUCCCAGCAAAAUGUCUCCUAACUACAGCUGCUCGAUCAAUGUGGUGGAGUAAAAAAUGUAUUCAGAAAUGUUACUUCUAUGUUUUUCCCCUUGUACUGUACUGCAUUUGCAUUACCUAUAACUUUCUAUAGUGUCCAGUCUACUUUUUUCUUUUUUUUUAAGUCUGUAUCAGUGCUUUAAUCUAACAUAAAUAUAUAGUUUGAACUCUGCAAUGCCUGGUAUGUAACAUAGCGGACACACACACUCACACACACACACACACACACACACACACACACAUACAGAACACAGAAAAACACAUGGGCCAUGUGAGUGAGCUUUUCAGGCUUUUGUUGACUUUGGCACAGAGCCGUCUCCACCCCAGCCCCGCAUCCAUUCCCUCACAUAAACACACACACACACACACACACACACAUUCAUACAACCCUGUAUUUUACAGUCCAUUCCUUUCACAAACAUUUCCUUUUUUCCUCUCCCCAUUAUCCCAAGUGGAUAUGCAUGCAUUCUUUCUUCCUCAAGUUUUAUGAGUCGAGCCCAAGCUUUCUGUAUAACAAAUGUGUUUUUCACUUAAGUUGGUCGGGAGCCAAGUUUUGUUUUUCCUCUAUGAAAAUGAUGGCUGUGUUUAUGGUAAUUGAGUUUAUUUAUAAUAAAGAAAAUGUUCUUGUAAUAAACUGCCCUACUGUGAUAUUUUAGAUAGAAAACUUGUCUUGAGUCCUCUUGGUUUUUCCUGGGCUGCAUUAGCACAGUUAAGUAUAGUCAACAUUAGCAGAGGAGCGGCAGCAGUUAAUGGAUUAUCACUUUUUUUUUUUUUUUUUUUAAUAAAUGCAAAGGCUUUUCUCAUCCUUUUUAAUCCUUUGUUUAAAAACAUCUGUCCAAUGCACAGUCGCAGUAACUACACACACAUAGACACACACAUGUAUGCACUAAUAUGGCUCUGAGUGUGUUCACUUUCCGAUAUUUGGGGUCGAAAUUCGGGCCGUCCAACCACUGAAGAGGGGGGACAACAACUGUCCGCCAUCUUGUCAGUGCUGCCGAGCAUAUGGAGACACACACAGAAGUAGUUCAGUAUGGCUCUGAAUGUACCGGGUCUGGUGGUGAUGGCGGUGUUCUACCUGCUGAUCUUGGGCACGGGCAUCUGGGCAUCCAUGCGCUCCAAGAAGGAGGAGAAGAAAUGCACAGGAGAUGGCAUGGAGAUUACACUACUGGCUGGACGCAACAUCAACUUACUCGUCGGCAUCUUUACUCUUACGGCUACAUGGGUGGGUGGAGGCUUCAUAUUGGGUAUAGCUGAAGCAACAUACAACCCAACAUUAGGUGCAGUGUGGGCUCUUAUGCCUGUACCUUAUGUCAUGACCUUCUUCUUAGGUGGCUUUUUCUUUGCUAAGCCCAUGAGAGAGAACAAAUAUGUGACAAUGAUGGACCCCUUCCAACAGAAGUAUGGGAACUUCCUGAGCAGUGCGCUGAUCUUUCCUGCACUGGUGGCCGAUGUGCUUUGGGUGGCACGCACACUCGUCAGCCUGGGUGGAACUAUGAGUGUGAUCCUGGACCUGUCCUACAUCUACUCCAUCAUCAUCUCCUCAGUGGUGGCCAUAAUCUACACACUGCUGGGGGGGCUCUACUCAGUGGCUUACACAGAUGUCAUCCAGCUCAUCCUCAUCUUUGUCAGCCUGUGGGUGUGUGUUCCUUUCCUGAUGACCAACCCACACUCUUUGGACAUCUCACUGACGGCCUACAACCAGACUUUCCAGGCUCCCUGGGUAGGCACGGUGAAGCUCGAUGAGGCCGGCAAGUGGUUCGACGACUUCAUGCUGUUGGCUCUAGGCGGUUUAGCCUACCAGGCAUUCUACCAAAGAAUCCUGUCAGCCUCAUCUUACACGCAGGCUCAGGUGACCUGCUUUGCUUCUUCAGCCUUCUGCCUGGUGCUGGGUAUCCCCUCCAUCCUGAUUGGAGCUGUGGCUGCGUCUACAGACUGGAACUCAACCCUCUAUGGAUUGCCUACCCCAUAUGAGCGCGAACAGGCAGGCUCCAUCCUCCCCAUCGCUCUGCAGUUCCUCACACCCCCUUACAUCUCCGUCAUCGGCAUCGGAGCUGUAGCUGCUGCUGUCAUGUCCUCCAUGGACUCGGCCCUGCUGUCCUCUGCCUCAAUGUUUUCCUCAAAUAUCUACAAAAACAUCAUCAGGAAGCAGGCGUCUGACCGUGAGAUGCAGUGGGUGAUCCGUAUCUCAGUGGUGGUAGUGGGUCUGGCUGGCACUGCCCUCACCUUCCUGGACAGCAGCGUCCUGGUCUUCUGGCUGGUGGGUGUGGACAUGUCCUACACCAUCAUGUUCCCUCAGUUGGUUUGCGUCCUCUUCUUCAAGGUAUCCAAUGGCUACGGCGCCACUGUCGGCUAUCUGAUUGGAAUCAUCAUGAGGAUCCUGAGCGGCGAGCCACUCAUCGGCCUCCCGCCCGCCAUCCGUUUCCCUGGCUGCCGGAUGGACGCGGAGGGAAAGCUGACCCAGUUCUUCCCCUUCCGCACUCUAAUCAUGGUCAUCUCUCUUGUCUCCAUUCUGCUCUUUUCCUGGCUUGCCUCCAUCAUUUUCAACAAGGGCCUGCUCUCUGAGAGGUGGGAUGUGUACAAGAUCAAGCGCAAGCAGAAACCAACAGCCAAAGCCACACAGGACAAGAGGACCAACCCCGAAAGCGAAGAACCCUCCGUGUCCAAGCAGCUACUGGACACUACCAGCUGCUGAAGAGGGUCAUGAAGAGGGAGAGAAUAUGGGCUCUGGCUGGAGCGGACAUGUUCGCCUGCCAAGCUGGAGUUCACAGAGGGGGAACAACAGCAAAGGCUGAACAUUGAGUACAGAUUCUGUACUACAUCACAGUGAAUUUGUGGCAAUAACAUACAGACCUACAUUAACUAAGUGUGAUCUGAGCUCUCUGGCACACUACUUCAUCAGAUGCCUCAUUGCCCUCUAUAAAGAAUACAGUAAAAACAGGCUACUUGGCUAGUGUAUGUUAGAAAAACAAAUUAUUAGCCAGCAUAACAUACAGUGUGGAUAAUUUCAUUCAUAUAGGCCCCACUUAUACAACAACCAAGCUGAGAAUAAAUUGAGAUUGUGUUGUUUUAUACUGUAUUUUUCUUUAUACAUCAUUGAAAUAGAGGCAAUCCACACAAAGAACCCAGAGGUAAGUUCAGCACUUGAGCCAUUAAUAUUAACUUCCAUUUGGCAAAAAGAACAGGACUAGUUAAAUAAGUGAUGAAGUUAAACCGAGUAAAAUUUUAAGUAAUACAACAAAGAAACAAACUUGUACAUUUUGUACAGGCUGAGAAACUGCCCAGAUACAGAGAAGGGAAGCGUCUGCUUCUUGUUUCCUAAACACCAACAAAAACACACUUGCACAAGAAAUGGACUUUAUCCCAAAGGAACAAUCAGUCCAACAGAAUGAUGAUAAAAUAGUUUACAAUUCACUUUUAACAAAAUGUGUAAUUAUUUAUAAGCUUUUACUGGUCAUGAUAGAAAGCAUUCAGACUGUGUCGCUCUCGGAAACAGGAAUGCAAAAAAGCCAUCUGAUUCAUCCUUUACUAAAUAAAUCUGAAUCAGCUUGGCCCAAGUGUGGCUGGCUGGAAAUGUGUCUCGUGACGCUGUACUGCGCUACAAGUGCGUGUAGCUUCUCUUUCAGUUUGAACCUCUGCAAACAAUUUGCAACAAUGCACAAGCAUGACAGGGCUCUCUAUCGCACCAGAAUAAAAACAAUGCCUACCAAAGAACAAAAAACAAGCGUUGGGUUGUUAGUUAAUUUUAGAUUAUUUUUAACUUGUGAAAUAUCACACUUAGACAAAUAAUCAUUGCUCUCACACCAGACUUGAUUUUGUUUUAAAAUGACAGAUAGUACUGUUUUCUGAUCACCAAACUGCUCAAUUGUGUAUCAUCUUAAAUGUAUGAUUUGUAAUAGUCCACACUCCCAAAAAAAGGUUCUCUAUUUUGUAAAAGUGAAUUUGUAUGCAACAGGUGGAAGUUAUGAGAACAUAUCGAAGAUGUGAAGGUUUAUAUUUGUAUGUAAAUGUUCACCUCUCAAUUACUGCUCAAUAGACACCAGCAAGUUUAAGACUUUUUUUUUCUUGUUACAACACUGUGACAAAGUGUGAAAAUCACCCAGGUACGGAUGACUCAAGUGUCCCACCCUGUCUGACUGUGACACAUGGACAAAAGUGACUCAAACACUAUGUCAGGCUUUCGGAUCGCUAAAUCCUUUUUAAUCUAAUGUUUAUUUAAUAUUACCCAUUGUGUUGUGAACGGCGACAGGGAGACACACAGAGCCACAGAACUCGAUCUCCCAGCGCGCCACGGUUACUGUUGGCCCAUUCCCCUUGGUUGCAAUUUUUACUAAGAUGAUUAUAACUGAAUGUAGCGGUUUACUGCAACUGCAUGGAGAGAAAGAUUGCCAGACAUCUCCCUCGUUUUCCUCCUCCUCACCCAUUCCUCCUCCUCCUUUUUACUCCGUUGUCUCUUAGCAUGGAAUGGCUCAAGAGAGGUGUUUUUCAGCACAUUUGUACUGUACAGUUAUUUGUGUAAUAUGCUAAAGCUGUAGUUUACAGUGGGAUCAUUUUUUUUCUCCUCUGGGGUGGUGGAAAGGUUUGCAGCUAAGAUUCUGAGAAAUUAUCACGAAACUUUCAAAACAGUACUCCUUUUUAUUGAUUAGUUGUUACAGAGAUAACUGACUGUUCAAUUUUUUUAAUUUAUGUUGCGUUGUACUGAGCCUGCAGUUUGUUAUGCAAAGAGAUUCUCACUAAUGAGUGACAGUCAGAAAGCCUUCCUCUCAUACUGUAGCCUUAAAUAUCACUGGAAACUGGUUUCACUCCGCUGUCUGCGGUUAUUUGCUGGACAUCGUAAAAUGGAUGUAUACUCUAGUCACUGUUCAAAUACCUCAUGGAGUUGUAAUGUUGGCUUUAAGUAUACAAAACUUUAAUCUAUGAUUCUGACUUCUAUCCAAAACAUAUUGUAACGUAUGAAUGUCAAAACCUUUCAUUUUCCAAAGACUGAUCACACAGAACAAACUGUGUCUCAAAACAGUACCCAUGCAGGACGCAAUGCAUGAUUCUUUUUUAUGUGCGAUUGUGAUUUCUUCCAAUAUUAUACUCUUGUACUGUACAGCCUAAUCAUGAUUUGUAUAUUUACACUUUUUAAUUUUUACUUAAGUUGAUCAUUAUGCGUUGUGAGUUGCAGAGGGGAAAACACAGCUGUGUAUUUUAUCUCAAGUUAGCAACGUUUUAAAGUCAAAUACCUUUUUUUUUUUUUUGCAGAUUAAAUGUAGAAUAUCACCUCCAUGUUGAGAUCAUCCUCAGAUUACUGGGCGGCAACUCACAUAUUUGUUCAGUGAUUCUGUUCUCAUCUUGAACAGAUGUGUCACACAUGUCAGGAAAAAAAAUGCUACAUGCCUAUACAUGACAGUACUAUCAGAAUGAAUUCUUUCCCAAAAAAUGACAUGCUGUCUCCAGACAUAUGUUGGAAACCGCAGUCCUCAACAAGCCGUCCACAAUAUAUCGAAGGACAGCAAAGCCUUCAUAAUUGAGUGUAUGUACAUGUAAUGUCUACGUUUCACUUUUAUCACUUUUUGAGCAGAAAUGUUUUAUUUUUCAAUGUUAAGUUAGUCAGAGGUCAUCUAUAACAGUACGGGACAGUUAGUUUUAUAAUAUAAAUAGGUAGUGAGUUAUAUAUUGUAUUUCCCCCUAAUAUGUAUUUGGUUUUAUACUAUUAUGCAUGUUGAUUUGUCAUUAACUGCGUUGUUUGUAUACUGAACUUUCGUGAAGGCUGUUCUUUCUUGCCACUUGGCAAGGUCCUACUUUGUAACCAAUUAAUGUAAAUCCCCAUGGGGUGAUGUUCUAUCAAAAUAAAUGCUGAAACCAAACAA